AUGAGUAUCACAGUAGAAGAUAGAAUCGACGCAAUCCAAUUAGAAGACAUAAAAGAGCAAAUAGCAACAUUGGGUGACGAUAAAUACUUAAGACUAUUAGAAAAGGAAGCGUAUAAAGUAGAAGAUAUAGCAUUAACUGCAUUAAACUUCUUAUCUACUCAUAGAAAAGUUUUAGAAGUAAUGAAAAAAUGCUCAUCUAAACAUAAUACACAAACCAAGCCACAAAAGAAUAAUUAA